AUGGAGAUCCCCGAAUCUGAUUUGGAGGAGAGAUUUGACAAAGGCAGAGGACCAGGUGGUCAAGCAAUCAACAAAACCAAUUCCGCCGUUUCUCUCAUCCAUCUUCCCACCGGUAUCCGAGUGCAGGCACAACCUACACGAUCACGCGAAGAAAAUAGGAAAGCGGCACGACGUAUUUUAGCUGAGAAGCUGGAACUUCUAUCUGCUCAGAAAGCGUUCGAAGAGGCAUCAUCAGACAAUAUCAAUAUCGACGGAGAAAGCAGCCGAGAUUUGAGCAGGAAGGACAAAGAGAGACAACUAGCGGGCGUUUGGUCGAAGCAGGAGAUCAAGUGGGAGAAGGAAAGACGACGGAAAGCCAAUCGAGCAAAGAAGAGCAAGAAGAAGAAAGAGUCGGGAAGCCUAACGGGAGAACAGGAAGUGGAGGAAGACAAAGAGAUAUGA